AUGAAGAAAGAUUCAAUAAUUGGAAUCCAUGACCCGGCGGACAGCCGAAGUGUUCGAGCUAGUCAAAAUAGACCAUGGAAAUCUGCUGCAGUGGGUGCAACAUCGCCGUGCAAAUACUCUCGUGAUGCCAGCUCAGUUCUCACGUGCCAAACGAAUCGACGGCCAACGACCGUCCGUCAUAUGGAGACGGCUGAUCAGCAGUGA